AUGGGUCUUACCUCCCAGCUGAUCCCCUCUCUGCUCUGCCUCUUAGCAUGUACUGGCAACUUUGUCCACGGACACAAACGCGGUAUUGUCUUAAAAGAGUGCAUCAAAGCUUUGAACAUCCUCACAGAGAACAAGACUCCGUGCGACGAGUUGACCGUAGCAGACAUCUUUGCUGCCUCCAAGAACACAACUGAGAAGGAAAUAUUCUGCAGGGCUGCGACUGUGCUUCGGCAAGUCUACAGUCACCACCAGAAGGAACCGUGCAGGGGUGCCACUGAGAGGCAGCAGCUCUACCGUCACCAGCAGGUGAUCAGAUUCCUGAAAGGACUUGACAGGAACCUGUGCAGCCUGGCAAACUCGAGAUACUGUCCUGUGAAUGACGCCAUGCAGAGCACACUGAAAGACUUCUUGGAAAGGCUAAAGACGACCAUGAAAGAGAAAUAUUCAAAGUAUUGGAGCUGA